AGAAGGUGGAUACCUCUGUCAGAGUGAACCCCUCCUCCUCUAGGACAUAAAAGUCAGUCCUGCCCAGGAGGGAGCCUUGUGGCUCUAGAAGAUACCCUGUGUCAAUGAAUCUCUGGUCUUGGUGACACUUAUGCCAGCAGGGGUCCCAGGCAUUGUGACCUCAGCUGUUCCACACACUGAAAGCUGGCCCUUACCUUGGCCUGUAAUCUGCACAGGACAGUGGCCCAGUUCUGGGGGCCCGUGUGGGGAAGUUGGGAACUAGAAAACCACUUUGGCCUCAUCCAUCAUGUCAGACAAGAGGGCAGAACUGAAGAAACCAACCCUGAACAAGAACUACAAGGCAGUUUGCCUAGAACUGAAGCCCGAGUCAACUAAAGGAAGAAGUUAUUUUGAGGCCAUGCCAGCAACCAGGCCUGAGUCCCAUGGGAAGGUGACUUGGAGUCAGGGGUCAUUUGCUGUUGCCAGUGGCCAAGACCUGUCCCAGACAUACGACUACAAAGGAGUGAAACAAGAAGGGUCCUUCACCAAGCCAGGAGGAACACAUGAGCUAAAGAAUGAACUCAGAGAAGUAAGAGAAGAGCUCAAAGAAAAAAUGGAAGAGAUAAAGCAGAUUAAGGAUGUUAUGGAUAAAGAUUUUGAUAAACUCCAGGAGUUCGUGGAUAUUAUGAAGGAAAUGCAGAAGGAUAUGGAUGAGAAGAUGGAUGCUUUAAUAAAUAUACAGAAGAACAACAAGCUUUCCUUUAGAAGAAGAUCAAAGGAACAGCAGGAUUUCAGGCUGAUGGGAAAGACUAGCACAGACCCACAGUCCAGGCUAAAGAAAAUGGACAAAGUCGAAGUAGCACCAUUUGUUCUCCAUAAGAAGAUGAUGACUCUACAGAAACCAAAAAAGGACACAUUUGAUUACCUUCAUCAUUAUGGGCCCUGCUGUGAGAAAUGUAUGUUGUGUACCCAAAAGAACAACUACAAUCAGGGGAAACUUCCACACCAAGCCUGGGCACCCUUUUCGCCCUUGGCAUCUGGAGCUGCUUUCUGAUUUACCUGUGCUUCUACCCCAGCGUGACAGAGGACAUGUUUCCAACUUAGGCCAUGUGGAUGCACUCAGCAGCUCCGGCAAACCCCCACUCCACUCCUUGAGCUGCUGUUAAGGCUUCUUACUUUCUUACAUACUACCUCACCCUAGGCCUUCCUCCACUGCAGAUUAAAAUUGUCACGUGAA